AUGGCGGAACCUGUUGAACAGACCACCCAGAAACAACGCAAGUCCGUCGCAUUCAGUGAGGGCGCAGUCAUCAUGGAUACCAACGGCGAAGUGACAGAGGCUCCUCGUGUGGAGAAGCCCGAGACCGAAGGCGCAAGGAUUCAAAAGACUAACUUCUUUUUCACCAACGCAACAGACAAGUCCGUCGAUGAAGUCACCGAACUGUUCAAGGGCCUGUCGAAAAAGAAGAAGACCAAGAAGCCCAAGGACGCCGAAGCUGGAGAGGGCGAUGAGGCUCCCGCCGGAGAUGGCGAAUUCGACCCGACUGCCCUGAAAAAGAAGAAGAAGAAGUCCAAGAAGGUGGACGCCGGUGAUUUCGAAGCUAAGCUCGCCGAAGCCGGUAUCGCGGAGGAGGGCGAGGAGAAGACGGAGGAGGUCCCCGAGGGCGAUCUCGAGGCUGGAACUGGUAUCUGGGCUCACGACGCCACGCAACCCAUCCCGUACUCGCUGCUUGUCACCCGAUUCUUCUCCCUCAUCCAGAGCCACCACCCCGAUCUGCUCUCCAGUGGUACCAAGUCGUACAAGAUCCCGCCACCCCAGUGUCUGCGUGAAGGUAACCGUCGUACCAUUUUCGCCAACAUUGCCGAUAUCUGCAAGCGCAUGAAGCGUUCCGACGACCACGUCAUGCAGUUCCUGUUCGCCGAAUUGGGUACCAGCGGUAGUGUGGACGGUAGCCGGCGUCUGGUCAUCAAGGGUCGGUUCCAGCAGAAGCAGAUUGAGAACGUCUUGAGAAGAUAUAUCGUCGAAUACGUUACUUGCAAGACCUGCCGCAGCCCCGAUACCGAGCUGAACAAGGGUGAGAACCGUCUGUACUUCGUUACCUGCAACUCGUGCGGUUCUCGUCGUUCCGUUGCCGCUAUCAAGACUGGUUUCCGUGGACAGGUCGGACGCAGAAAGCGUACUGGUUAA